UGGAAAAUCAAUUCCUUCUUCAACAAUAUAUAUUAACUCUUUCUCCUUCUCAACUCCAUAAACAUUUCUCUCACAAAAUUGAUCUUUCUUCUCUAUUAAGCUACUAUGCGUUUAAGCUGUAAUGGUUGCCGGGUUCUCCGGAAAGGUUGCAAUGAAAAAUGCUCCAUUAAACCUUGUCUUCAAUGGAUACAAUCUCCAGAAGCUCAAUCUAACGCCACUCUUUUCCUCGCUAAGUUUUAUGGCCGUGCUGGGCUUCUCAAUCUCAUCAAUUCUGGACCUGACCAUUUGCGUCCUGCUAUUUUCAGAUCGUUGUUGUAUGAAGCUUGUGGGCGUAUCGUAAAUCCAAUUUACGGUUCUACUGGUUUGUUAACUUCCGGCAACUGGCCUCUCUGUCAAGCUGCUGUUGAAGCCGUUCUAAACGGUGCGCCGAUUGUUAAACUUUCAGUCGACUCGGCUGCAGAUGCAACGAGCCCUUCGCUUAAAGCAUGUGAUAUUCGCCACGUGUCUAGAGAAAAUAACUCGGAUCCCGAUCUGCACAAAGUUAAGUCGAGAACCCGGUUUAAGCGGGUAUCGGCUAAGCCGGAGCCGAGGAAGCAGUCGCCGGAUGUUGACGAUGCGGCUAGGGUGAUGUGGAGUUGGUGUCAUAAGGAGGAGGAAGAGGCUGUCGGGUCCCCGAGCCUUAAUUCGGGUCUGAGCCAACAGCGGACGGAAGAACCGAGCCGGGAAGGAGAAAGUGGUGAUGUGGAUAGCGGCUCGGUGGAGACUGUUGAAGCCUUUCCAGCUUCGAGCGAUGUUGGCUUGGAACUAACGCUGGGGUUGCUACCGUUGUCGAGAAGCUGAUGAACGAAUGAACGGCCUGGAUGAGGCCACGUGUAUAAUAGAACUGUUGGAGCUUAUUUUGACGGGUUUAAAUUUAAGAUAAUCCUGUGAGAGCCCCUAGUUUUUGGAAGGUGGUUUUUUUUAUUUAUAUUAUUAGAGUCUAUUCCUAAGUAGAUUUGUAUUUCUUUUAGUAAUUCUUUUUGCGGUAAAAGAAGUCCAUGUGGAAUGUGAAUGUUAGAUAUAGAGAUAUGAUUAUACAAAUCUAAGUUACAUUUGCCCUU